GAUUGAAAAAGUCAUUUUUGAUGUAAAGGGGUGACUUAAAAAGAGGGGUGGUUAUAGAGCACGGUGUUCCCUGAUCGCAAAUACCCCACGGUAGCUUGAAGCUUCAAAAUAAUUUACACUGCGUAGGUAAAUAAAUAUAUUUCAUUUAUCAACUUUUGCGUUUUUAUAUCUUCCCAAAAACACAGCAACACAACCUUUACACAAGACUUUUGUUUUUUUCUCAUACCGAUCAUCAAACCAAUUCAAACCAACCAUGCUCCCUUCAAUUAGAGCAGUGUCUCUGCUCAGUCUCCCUUCAUCUCUGCGACCACUCCUCCUGUCACGGCUCUACGCAACACACACAGGCUUAGGUACGACGAAUGCCUCAUCGCAACCAAAAAGAAAGGCAGUGACUACCUUCAACGAUGAUGGCAGAGUUCCCUGGCGCGACUUAUCGCGGCGGGAAAAGGUUUCCAGAACAACGCAACAAACGUUUAAUCUUGGUACUGUCCUCGUCGGCACAGCAUUAACGGGAGGUGUCAUCUAUCUCCUCUACACAGAAGUAUUUGGGCCCGAGAGUAAAACCAACCAAUUCAACAGGGCCGCCGAUCAGGUCAAGAAGGACCCACGAUGCAUAGAAAUACUGGGCGAUGGAAAGAAGAUAAGAGCAUAUGGCGAGGCAACAACGAGCAAAUGGGCGAGAGCAGGGCCUAUUGCGUCCAAUAUUUCGAAGGAUCGUAGAGGGGUGGAACAUAUGAUUAUGCAUUUCAACGUCGAGGGUCCGCUGAACAAAGGUGUGGUGAACCUACACAUGGUCAAGCGACCGUCUGAGAGCGAAUUCGCGUACAAGUACUUAUUCUUGGACGUGAAAGGACAUCAGAGAAUAUACCUUGAGAACGCAGAUGCAACAAAUAGUGGACCGGGGAAAAGUAGAUUCUUGGGGGUAACUUGGCGAUGAUAUGUAUGUCCGAUUCAAACCAGGACAUUCUAAACGAUAUUGGGGCCGGAACGAGGUGGUGUUGAAUGAACACUUGCCUUCUAAGAAAGAGCUGGAUUACAAGGUUGGUGGAGCAACUGUUGCAGAAGCUAUCUUCUGAAGAGCUUGACAUUCUAGAUUCUCUAAAGCCGUCUUAGACAUUCAAAGCUUUACCGUGAGACGGCAAUGGGGGUGCGCAUUGUAGACGGGGUUUAAAAGCCCUCGCGACCCUCCACCUCCUCUUGCCCUCUCUUCCUCAAAAUUGUAUGAUUAUUGUGAUUUAUAUUAUACUUUCAUAUUGUCGUAUAGCCUUUACAAAGAGUGUCCGCAGAAACCUCGACACAAUGCUCUGAUUUAAAAUUUCUUCAAAUUCAUAUAUCAGUCGUCUAGCGUUUCAAGAAAAGAAUCCUGUCUGCAUCCUAAGAAUCGCUUGCAUCCAUAGUCUUUACAUCCGUCAUAGCAUUUAAUCCACUCACUGCUUUCUGCGAGCAGCUUUUGAUUGAACCAGUUGCAAGCAUUUGAUAGGUUGUGGAUCAGUUGUAUCUCAAAUCUAACAACACAAAUAUAAGAAGUCCCUUCCUCUUAAGCA